AUGUGGUAUUCCUUGACAACAGCAUUAUGUGUGCUCCUCUGUCAGCCUGGUGUCGCCGCUGAGCAGACACCACUACUCCGGCAUGGUAACGGCGGCCGUAAUGUGAGCGUCGCGCUCUUCACCGAGCUCGAGGAACUGGCGCGCAUCGUCGACAUCUCCUACUGCGUUGGCAUGACAAGCUUGGGAAUCACCAAACCGUUCAAAUGCCUGUCGCGCUGUACAGACUUCCCGGACUUUGAACUAGUCACCACCUGGAACACCGGCCCGUUGCUAUCGGACUCAUGUGGGUACAUCGCUCUGGAUCACGGCAAGCGACGCAUCAUUCUUAGUUUUCGAGGCACCUACAGCAUUGCAAAUACUGUCGUGGAUCUCAGCACUGUGCCCCAGAAGUAUGCGCCCUACCCAGGCGAAGGUGACGACGACCAAACCAGUUCUUCGGACGAUGUCUCGAAAGAAAUGCCAAAGGGUAUCAACAGACCCACGAAGCGGAAUGAUACUGGCGAGCCGAAAUGUGAUAAUUGCACGGUGCAUUCGGGAUUUCACUCUUCUUGGCUCAAUACUCGCACGGUCAUCCUAGACGACCUCCAGGAGUACAUCUUGCUCUAUCCGCAGUAUAAACUAGAGCUAGUGGGUCACAGUCUGGGCGGAGCGGUCGCCGCGUUGGCUGCGCUGGAUUUCAAGGCUCGAGGCUGGGAUCCAAGGGUCACAACUUUUGGAGAGCCACGAGUCGGCAAUCGGGCGCUGGUCAAGUACAUCGACGACCGCUUCACCCUUACCCAGACAUUACCAGACGACGACACUGCGAUCAAGUACCGACGUGUAACACACGUGGACGAUCCAGUGCCUCUACUCCCUCUGAGCGAAUGGGGUUACGCCAUGCAUGCUGGCGAGAUCUACAUCUCAAAGCCGAGCCUAUCACCCGACCUCGCGGACUUACAACGUUGCGAGGGCGACAAUGACCAAGACUGCAUUGCAGCGCAGGACUCUACAGCCUCUGAUGAUCCGACAGCAAGAAAGCGAGACCUCAUCGCCUCUGUGAAGGACGAAAUCUACGACGUGACGAACGAGCCGUGGGGUAUCCCAUCACGUUACAAGCUCUGGGAGCUAUUCUUUGCGCACCGUGACUACUUCUGGAGACUAGGUCUUUGUAUUCCUGGCGGCGACCCUCUCGGUGGCGGUUCGAAGUACGACCCGAAAGAAGAGUUGUAA